UGCGCCUUGUUGCAGCCACCCUUUUGAAUACUCUGCUCAUUGCCUGUCGCUUAUCCAGUCGCUUUAUCUCUUACUUCCACCAUGCAUACAAGCGAAUACGACUACCUCUUCAAGCUCCUCCUCAUUGGUGACUCUGGUGUCGGCAAGUCCUGUCUUCUCCUGCGUUUUGCAGACGACACAUAUACGGAGAGCUACAUCAGCACUAUUGGAGUGGACUUUAAGAUUCGGACGAUUGAGCUCGAGGGGAAGACGGUGAAGUUGCAAAUCUGGGACACCGCUGGACAGGAACGUUUCCGGACUAUCACAUCCUCAUACUAUCGUGGCGCGCACGGCAUCAUCGUUGUUUAUGACGUUACUGAUAAUGACACAUUCUCGAAUGUCAAGCAAUGGCUUCAAGAGAUUGACCGUUAUGCAUCAGAGGGCGUCAACAAACUCCUCGUUGGUAACAAGUCGGACUUGACGAGCAAGAAGGUGGUGGAAUAUUCUGUUGCCAAGGAAUUCGCCGACACUAUUUCCAUCCCCUUCUUGGAGACAUCAGCCAAGAAUGCCACCAAUGUCGAGCAAGCAUUCUUGACCAUGGCGAAGCAGAUUAAGGACAGGAUGGGUUCAACUUCCACACCGGCGGGCGGAUCCAAGUCGACGGGUGUCCCCAUUGGACAGAAUGUGCAACAGCAGCAAUCCGGAAGCUGCUGCUGAGCGGUGAAUGCCUGAAUAGAGUUGGGGAAUGGUAUAUUGUCAUUGCACUACUCGUCCUGCUUUAAUCCUCUCCCCUUCAUGUUACCCUCCUGUUUUUACAGUAUCUGGAAUGGUUUUGCGUUUUCCUGUCUUUUCCCCUUCGUACAUAUAUUGUUUUCACCUAUACACUUACCUCUUGAUGGACUCGUCUGAUGUCAAUUGGCAGUAGAGCUGCACACCGCAGAGUGAAUGAUGAGACAACUGAUGAC